CCCUCAACUCUUGCGCUGGGCAUUAUGUGCAACAUUAAAGUGAGCAUCGCUUUGGCCAUUUUGGGUAUAAGUGCUGGAAUCAUGGCAGGACUUUGCUUUGCCAUACAGUAUCACAACUGGUCCGCCACCACUAUGGCGUUUACCUCUGCUGUGGCAGCAUCGAUUCUCUUGUACGUUCAUGUAGCCUAUAAGAAGGGGUGGAUGCUCGAAUGGCCUCACGCUCGUUUCGACUGUUUCACCUGCGUCGGUGAGCACCGAAUUUCAGAACAGGUUAAUCACCUCAGUGACGCAUACAUACUUACUUGUGACCGUAAAUAUGAAGAAAAGUUGAAGGAGUGGAGGUUUUCAAAAAAUUGGCAAAGGUCCAACGCCAUACAGCGAAGUUAUAUCUUCGUUAUAGGCCGUGUAGGUCUACGCGAACAGUUCCAAAUGUCUAAUUUUCUUGAGAUGGCCUUCCCUUCUGACGCCAAUUCUAUUACAGGGUGGGUCUUCUUUGUUAUUGGCAUCGUUGGUAUGGUGGCAUGUUUUUUGAGUGCAGGAAUAAAACACCAAACUUUGACCGAAGAAGGUGAGGAUUCCAAUAAGUAUUAA